CAUUAGUCAUCAAUACAAUGUGUAUCAUUCGCCCUUUUAUUUAUCAUUUAUUUUAGUGAAUUAUCGCGUUAUCUGGCCUUACCAACAGUCUUCGUAAAUCGUACAUCAAAAGUUAAUCACUUUCAUGUAUCACACGAUGCAUGAAUCAAAUACGAUGCUAAAAAUCAAACUUUUUAACAUUCCUUUAUUAGUUUGUCCAUAGUUUAUCGUUAAAAUGGACAAUAGUGGUGAUAGUGGUAAAACUGUAGAAGAUUCUACCUCUCAGAAGAAAGAGCCCACUGUAAAUCUACAGAAAAUUUGUCUCGUAUGCGGUGAUAAGGCGUUGGGUUACAACUUUAAUGCAAUAUCGUGCGAGAGUUGCAAAGCAUUUUUUAGACGUAAUGCAUUAGCUACUAAGGAGUUUAAAUGUCCUUUUUCUAAUAACUGUGAGAUUAACGUAGUAACGCGUCGUUUCUGUCAGAAAUGUCGAUUGGAGAAAUGCUUAGCGAUAGGUAUGGUGAAAGAAUUUAUAAUGUCAGACGAAGAUAAAGCGGAGAAGAGAAGAAAAAUAGAAGAAAACAGGGCGAAGAAGCGUCAGAUUAGUGACCCUGAGGAUGCUGUAACGAGUUCAAAGAACUUCAAACGUGAUGAAGAGAGUGUUUCUAAUAAUACACACUAUGGUAGUUUAGUGCCGGACCCAACUGUAGUACAGUAUGAUGUUCUAAACAGUACAACAUGUAGUCCGAACAGUACAGUACAGUCUCCAUUGAAUAAUGAUUUAGAUAAUUCAAUAAGCUCUCCCCCUGUAUAUCACCAAUAUGUCCCAGUACAAAGUACAGAAGUGCCGUAUGCAAUGAAAGUGUACCCUAUCGAUGAGAAGACUGUUAUAAACCGUGGAUUUUAUGAGCAAACAAAUGUGGACCCAUAUGUGUGUGAUAGUGUAGAAUCAAUGUACCCAGAUCCUCCUAAACAAAAUAGCAUAAGAUCAAUAUUGACAAAUGGAGAAGCAGCAAUGUACCAAAAAGAAGUAAAUCCGCAACAUGUUUGUGAAGAGAUCCCAUCGACCAGCACCAACCCUGAUGUCAACAAAGCGAGAGAUAUACUACAAGAUGUUGAAAGGAUAGAACCUAAUUCAAUGGAAUCAAUACUCUGUGAAGCAAUAAAAUUGGAGUUUGAAGCUUAUUCAUCUGUCAAUUCCUGCAGUGGCUCGUCUCGGGAACUUAAUGAGGUGGAGCGUGCAAAGUUGAAUGAACUGAUAGUAGCCAAUAAAGCUCUUCACGCGCCUAUAGAUGAUGAUAUAUCUCAGUUGAUAGGAGACACUGCAGCUACUGCGGGACUCGAGAGUGGGGAUGGUAAACACGAUCCUCGGCUGAUCACGAUCAUGAAUUUGACAGCAGUCGCCAUCAGACGCUUCAUCAAGAUGGCCAAGAAGAUAAACGCAUUCAAGAAUAUGUGUGAAGAGGAUCAGGUAGUGAUUAAAUUCUCUUCCCCAAUUAAGAAGGCGAUAAAUUCAUACUACUAUCUACUGCGGCGCUACCUGGAGAGCGUGUACCCUGGCUGCGAGGCUAAGUCCACCUUCCUCAAGCUGAUCCAGAAGAUCCUGGAGCUGAAGAAGUUCGCGGAGGAGAUCACCGGCGUCUACCUCGACGUCAACCCCAUAGAGCCGCUGCUUAUGGAGAUCUUCGACCUGAAACAUCACGAUGUAUGAACUUUAUGAGGUUUUUUAAUUCAGCAACGGAACAUCUCCGGAGUGGAGCAGUUUUGGUGUAAUUUAAUGUCUUUUUAUAAUUUUAUUUGAUAGAAUUUUACAUUCUCACUCAUAUUUCUGAAGGAAUUAUGCCGAAAGCCUUACACAUGUUCAGUUUUAUAUGUAUACUCGGAUAGUUCAGAUAAAUCUAACGUGUCGGCAAAACUGACAACUGAACAGUUUUCUUUGAAAGAUUUAUCUGAAAAUUAAAACUGAACGUGUGUAACGGGCUUAAGUUAGUAGUGGCUAAGGAACAUUGUUAAUUAACAAAUCAACUAAAAUACCUCACUAUUCGUGUUAACAAUAUUUUAUAUCUAAGGCCCUGUCCCACCAAAUUGUAAAUUGUCUGAUAACAAUCCAACGUGUAAAAUAUACGAUAGAAGUAACUUUGUUAAAUUAUCUGACAGUGACGUCAUUAAGCUAUCUUAGGCUCUAUCAGUUAGUGGUGGGACAGGCCAUAAGACUAAAAAAGAUAGUAAAUAAAAAGUUUUUUCCGUAAUCUAGGACUAAACAUUUUUUAUUCAUUAGAUAUUAUAACAUAUCCAAGCAUAUUUUAUUUGUUUUUUUCUUUACUUAUGUAUACAGAGAAUAUUGAGAUUUUAUAAGCGUAGAAUUCUCUUUUAUAUUGCUGUUUCUCUUGUCAACGAGAAUUUUCUUUGUAAAUAAAAAUAUUUUUAUAUACAUUAAAUGUGCCAAUCAAGUCCGGAUUAAUUUAUUAGAGUAUUUACGUGUAAAUAUUGUAAAUAAUAACGAAAGUACAACUUUUAAACAUAUUCCUUACUAUAUGGAUAUAUUUUUUAUCUAAAACCCCUACAAACAGUUUUUAA